CCCAGAAGCAUCAGCAAGGUGAGAAGAGAUCCAACAUGGCGGCUGAUGCUAAAGUUUUCUUUUAUUUAUUUUUCUUGGCUUUAUCAUGCGGAGUUUUUAGUCGAGAAAGAGAUCCUUUAGAAAGAGUAUUCAAGAAAGGGCACACUAACAAUUGGGCUGUUCUAGUUUGCACGUCAAGAUUUUGGUUCAACUAUCGCCAUGUUGCUAACGUGCUGUCUGUGUAUAGAAGUGUUAAAAGGCUCGGGAUUCCAGACAGUCAUAUAAUUUUGAUGACGGCUGAUGAUAUGGCUUGCAAUGCACGCAACCCCCAACCUGGGACUGUGUAUAAUAACGUGAACCAGCAUAUAAAUCUCUAUGGCGAUGAUGUAGAAGUUGACUACAGAGGGUAUGAUGUCACUGUGGAGAACUUUAUCCGAGUUUUAACAGGCCGACUACCAGACAGUGCCCCAAGGUCCAAAAGGCUGCUAUCAGACGAGAGAAGCAACAUCUUGGUAUAUAUGACAGGUCACGGUGGGGAUGGUUUCCUCAAAUUCCAGGAUGCUGAAGAAGUUACAAGUGUUGAGUUGGCAGAUGCCUUUGAGCAGAUGUGGCAGAAGCAAAGGUACCAUGAGUUAUUUCUGAUGGUGGAUACUUGUCAAGCAUACUCUAUGGCCUCACGGCUCUACUCUCCCAACCUCCUAGCAGUUGGGAGUAGCCUUGUUGGCGAGGAUUCACUCUCGCACCAUGACGACCCCUCCAUUGGUGUACAUGUGAUUGACAGGUACACAUACUACGUCCUUCAGUUCCUAGAAAAAGUCCGCCCCGACAGUGAAGCCACUAUAGGGGACCUGUUCCGCUACACCAAGCCAUCUCUGGUAAUCUCCACUCCAAGAGCACGAACUGAUCUAUUCACCAGGAAUGUGGAUAAGACUCUGGUGACAGACUUCUUCGGCAGUGUCCAUAAUGUUGAACUGACAAAUAUCUCAUCGAAUGUUGAGCCUGCACACGAUCAAACAGACAGCAUAAAGAAGACUUCUUUACCUCAAGAGAAGCCAUUCAUCCCGCCAAAACAGGUUGCUGAGCGGCUAGAGGGUUGGGCUAUAACGCGGGAAUUCCUUGUCACGCUAGUAGCGUUUGUGUUAACUGUCACGGUGCUUAGUCUGCUGUGAUGUGCUAGAUGUCAGGUAAUGAGCAUUACUGGUGGUGUAACGAAUGUCUCAGGAUGGAGUGACAUACAAAACACUUGUAGCGGACUCUUUCUGAAUGUUCCGCGGCCGAACUUUGAAAGUCCUGAUUAUGGGUAAGAUGGAUGGAUGGAGUGUAACGCAACAAAUAUGGACAAACAUAGUGUUGCCAUGUGUUUUGUGACCGGAAGUGUGUCACUCGUGGAUUGAGUGUAACACAACUGAUCAAAUGUUGUCAUGAAAGUUCAAAUGCCAAUCAAGUAUGUCACUUAUGGACGGACUGUAACGCAACAGAUAGACAAUCAAAGUGUUGCCAUGUGUUGUGUGACCGGAAGUGUGUCACGCAUGAUCGGAGUGUAACGCAACAGAUAGACGAUCGUAGUGUUGCCAUGUGUUGUGUGACCGGAAGUGUGUCACGCAUAAGUGCACUCGGCUGGCGGAAACCAGUUUCAUUGACGUCCA